AUGGGAAUUUAUCUCCCCUUUGCUCGUCUUCUCCUUUUCUUGAGCUUCUUCUACUUCUUCUUCCUCCUAUUACUGCUUUUGCCUCAGAUCCAAGCAGCUCAAGAGAGCCAUAUUUGCCUACAUGACCAGAAAUCUGCUCUCUUGCAAUUCCGGCAUGAGUUCAUCAUCACAGACAACAUUUCCUUCAGUUCAUGGGAACCGGAAACAGAUUGUUGCUCAUGGGAGGGCGUCACAUGUAACGUCACCACUGGUUAUGUGAUCCGUCUCGACUUGAAUUCCAAGCUAUCAGGACCUAUCUAUUCCAACAGCAGCCUCUUUGGCCUCCAUCAUCUCCAAAGGCUCAACCUUGCUUACAAUGACUUCAAUUUGGCUCCUAUCCCAUCUGGUUUUGAUCGUCUUCCAAGCUUGACACAUCUCAACCUCUCCAAGUCCAAUUUCUACGGCCAGAUACCCUGGGAAUUCUCACGCCUAACAAGGUUGGUUUCUCUUGAUCUCUCCAGCUACUUCUCUUAUGCAAAACUGGAAAGACCAAACCUUAAGGAGUUGAUCCAGAAUCUGACAUCUCUUGUGGAACUAUACCUUGAUGGUGUAGACCUCUCUAGUCCUAGUCCUAGUCCUACACAGGGAAGCAGCGAUCAUUGGUCUCAGGUCUUACCGCAAUCACUUCCCAACCUCCGUGCAUUGAGUUUGUCCUACUGUAGUCUUUCAGGUCCCAUUCACCCUUCUUUCUCGCAGCUUGUAUUGCUCGAGGAGCUCCAACUUGAUGGAAACUAUAAUCUUUCUCUUGAAGCACCCAACUUCUUGCCCCUCAAUUUCUCUCAUUUGAAAACUCUUAGUCUCAGCUAUUGUGGAUUGUAUGGAGAGUUCCCCAACAGUGUUUUUCAACUACCCAAUCUUCGGAUCCUUGAUGUGUCAGAAAAUUCUCUCCUCAAUGGUCAAUUGCCAGAUUUUCCACUUAACAAUUCCUUUCAGUACAUAUCGCUUUAUCGGACAAACUUUUCAGGAGCGAUUCCAGAUUCUAUUGGAAAUCUUAGGUUUUUGACGACAUUACGACUGGGUAUUUGCAAUUUCUCCGGAUCUAUCCCACCAUCUCUAACCAAUCUCACCCAAUUAACUGAGCUAGACCUUUCCUCCAAUAGUUUUACCGGUUCAGUCCCUAUGUUUAAUAAAGACACUGUUCCAAAUCUUACAUAUUUGGACUUGUCUUACAAUCUUCUUGACGGGACAAUCCAUUCUUCUCUAUUUACACUCCCAUCAUUACUGUACUUAUACCUCUCAAAUAAUCAGCUUACUGGUCGACUUGAUCAGUUGUUUCAUAAUUCAUCUCUUUCAUCAUCAUCAUUGGUAGAUAUGGAUUUGAGUGGAAACAAAUUGAAUGGACAAAUACCAAAAUCAAUUUCUCAAUUCUCAAGUCUUCUGUCCCUCUAUCUGGGCUCCAACGAUUUUAGUGGCACUGUAAAGCUGGACGACAUGUUUGGGAACCUUGAGAACUUUUUGUAUCUAGACCUGUCAAACAACCUAUUGUCACUUGAAUUUGGCAACACUAGUUCUUCUUUUCGUCCUCAAUUUUCUCAAUUGGAUUUGGGAUCUUGCCACAUCAAAGAAUUCCCCUCCUUCUUGAGAACUCAAGAGCAAUUGGAGUAUUUAGAUCUUUCAAACAACACCAUUUCUGGGCAAGUACCAAAUUGGAUAUGGAAGAAACAGUUACUUUAUUUGAAUCUUUCAUACAACUCUCUAAAUACUUUGGAGCGACCACUACUAAAUUUUUCCUCGAGUCCAUUAAGUACUCUAGAUCUCCGCAACAACAAGCUACAAGGGUCUCUCCCAAUUCCCGCAUCAUAUGUCACAUUCUUCUCAAUUUCAAAUAAUAGCUUUGUUGGAGGAAUCCCUGAGUCAAUAUGCAAAUUGAGUGGUCUACAAGUUUUUGAUGCCUCCCACAACAACUUGAGUGGUUCAAUUCCGGAAUGUCUAGGUAACAUUGACUCUCUCUUAGUAUUGGAUGUACAAGGGAAUAGAUUUCACGGAAUGCCUCAAAAUUUUACAAAUGCUAGCAGCUUGAGGACACUCAAAAUGAAUGGAAAUAUUUUAGAAGGGCAAGUGCCUAGGUCAUUGGCGAAUUGCACAUCACUAGAGGUUCUAGAUCUUGGGAAGAACAAGAUGUUUGGUACCUUCCCCUUCUGGAAAUUUUCCAGUUGA